AUGGCAGCCUCCUCCAACAUGGAUGAGGCAAUCUCCGAUGACCUCUCCUCUGAUGAGGAGGAGGCCAACAAUGACAAUUUGGAGCACUUUUUGGAGGGCACUCCACCACUGUGCGCGCUGAUCUUGGAUGUGGAUGUUGGCAUCAAGGACGAUGAUGCCUCCAAGGAUGAUGAGAAGGAGGAGAAUGCCAACGCCGAUGACUCCUCCUCAAAGGAGGAGGAAGAGGAGAAGGACUUAGUGAAUCUUGAGGGCUCCGACGAGGAGGAGGACACCACCAACGAUGAGGACAACACCAACACCGAGGAUGAUGAUUGCACGGAUGAGGAGGAGGAUGACAACAACAACAUGAACUAA